AUGGCUACCAAUCAACCUAAUCACAUGAUCGAAAAUUAUAAAUCGGAACUCGUUAAAAAAGAAGAAAUAAUUGAAAAAUUAUUUGAAGAAGUUGACAUUUUAAAAGAAAAUCAACAAGAUCGUGAUAAUAAUUUUAAAGAAUUGGAAAAACAAUUUAAAUUAACACAAGUUUCAUUAGAUAGUAUUACAAAAGAAAAGAAAAAAUUUCAAGAUAAAUUAAAUAAAGUCGAUUUAUUAUUAGAAAGAUCCGAAAAAGAAAAUAGCGAGUUAAAAAAUCAAUUAUAUGAAAGUCAUGAAAAGAUACAUAAAAUGGAAAAUUAUUGGAAUAAAAGGGAAAUUGAAUGGCGAAAUCAAUACGACAAAAUGGUUAAAUUUUACAAUGAACUAGAAACAACAAUUACGAAUUGGACCGAAGAAACUGAUUAA